GAACGUCGAUUGCGAAUCCAGCCAAAGGUGACUCUUGACGUAUUCGUGGAUUCGUAAUAAUUCCUUGCUCGUGUGAAUUGUUUUGCCAGUUUAUUCUUCUACGCGAAUUUUUAAGCGAAAAAAAUGAGUUUCGGCUUGCCAUCACUCAUACCGAAGUCUACUGUACCUGAGAAAUUUGACAUUAAAGGUGGAACUAAUUAUGGUGUACCCAAUCCCAUGAUAUCAGGUUUGUCAGCAACUAGACAAAGCAUUGGUCAUGCACAUCCUUUGGAAGCUUCAGAAAAAAAUUAUGUGAAAAAUCAAGAUCGCAUGAACAUGAUAUUGCUUAGGAAUACACAAGGCUUACAUGCACCAUUGCGCAUGGCGAUGGAAUUGAAAGCCACAGAAAAGAUUGGAAGACUUCCAUUUCUAUCAUCAUCCAACAUGAUGCGAGAUGUCUUGCUUGGACGAGAUCAAGAUAUAGGAUUUGAAGAUAUUUUCAAUACUCCGGAAUUCAGAGAACAAAUGGGACAGCCACAUGCUGUUGUAGAAAAUCAUCUUGGAAUAUUAUAAGAAUUAAGCAUGCAACAAUUGCGUCUUUUAAUAAAAAUGCAAAUUAAUAUAGAAUUAAUAAGAAUUAUUAAUAAACACUACUUUUUAUAAGUUA